AUGGUAAACAGAAAAACACCUUUUAAAGCUGCUACUGCUAGAAGAUCGCGUAAAGUUGAAGAACCACGUGUAGAGGAAGAGGAAAGUAAUGAAGACAUGAUGGAUUUAUCAGAUCGGCAUUCAGUUGCAAAGGACGAAGCCAUGACAACUGUUAACAAUAAACGAAAUAAAAUUCAAUCAAAAAACGCCAGUACUGACACAAGAUCUGGAAAUAGAACUGUAAAAACUGGAUUAGAUGGAAAGUAUUGGAAUGAUGCUGAAUCCAACCGACGUACUAGUCCAAUUGUAAUUAAUUAUCGUCAAUUCAAUGGUGGUAAUGCAUCAUCAUCAUCUUCUUCAGUAGAUUCAUCAUCGGAUGAGACGACUGGUACAUUAUCAAAGUCAUCGUCACCAUUAUCGUCAUCAUCAUCAUCAUCAUCAUCAUCAUCAGACGAUGAUAAUAAUAAUGUUUUAUAUAAAAAAAACACAUUUGUUACUUGUCGAAAUGUAUCCAAUUCAUUUUAUCUUUGCCUAAUUUUACAAGAUGUGUAUAUGAAUACGAAAAAGAUUCGUAUUAGUUGGUGUUCCAUUGUCGGUGAAAAAGGUGAUGAUACACCAAUUGGUACCAAUACACGUUUCAUUUUGGAUUACACGGAUACACUUGAUCCUAGUACAAUUUUACUUAGUGUACCAGAUAUUUUGUAUCAUGAUGACAAUACAAUGUCAUUAAAGAAUGAAGAUAUUACUGAAACAAAACGUUUAUUGGAAAAAUCGAUUCGUGAUGAAUCACUCUCAUCUGAUGAUAUGAUGGAAACCGAACAUCAUCAGCCAAAGAAGACGCAAAGCCAUUUACAUUUCGAAUCAACUAGCGAUUCAAGUUCCUCGGAUUCAGAAUCGCCGAUAGCGAUUUCAUCACAAAAUAAAAAACGAAAACGACCAUCAAAUAAAGAGAAAGUUCGUAAACAACCGGGAAAAAAGCGAGCACGUAAAACAUCGAAAAAUACAGCUGGUCAACGUCGUUCACGAGUAUCUGGUGUUACUUCCACAUCCCGUCGGGUAAAACCAAAACAAACAAAAAGUGCUCGUAAAAAAACCGACAAUAACGAUGAAACAGUUAAACCAAAGAAAAAAACAACAAAAAUUCCUAAAGUACCAAAAACACAAUUGUUUAAAGUACAUAGCAAUGGUUCACUCAAAGAAAAUACAGUUGUAACAAAUUAUCAGAAAGAACCGUUCUUUGAAGACAAUUUACCUGUACCAUUUAUUUCGUCAUUUGUUCAAAGCAAAUUAGCUAUUCGUGCUGUACUUAUCAAUGAUGCAAAACUCUUGAAAAGUCUCAUUAACGAUGUUGAUCAUGUUUGUUCGAUACAUGUAAACAGAAGUCUCUAUAAUGAUUUAUCAGCAAUGCAUUAUGCAAUCAAAAAUAAUAAUGUUACUAUGGUUAAAAUUUUACUCGAUGAUAUUAAAACACCGAAAAAAAAACGGUGUCCUUUUCCAACUGUGUCAGUAACAAGACAAACUACCGGAAGAGCUAAUAUUCAUACAUUCGGUUUUCGUACAGCUACUUUAAUGGCAAGUCGUGGUGCUAAAGAAGGCAAUAAUGCAUUAAAUAAAGAUAACAUGUCCACAUCACAGUUUGUUAAUGGCACUGAAAUUAUUUCGUACGCUUUAAAAAAUAAUUGCUCACGUCAAAUAUACGAGUUACUUUGCAAACAUUUCGGAAAUAUAAGUCAUAGCAUUUAUGAUAAUAUUCAUAAAAUAAUUCAAGCUGGCCACCAUAAAUUAGCUGCAAGUAUUAUUGAUGAAAUUAAAGAUAAUAUGUUUCAUGGUUUUAAUUAUCUUCAUCAUCAAGUUUUACUCUACGAUAAUGAAGAUAUAAAAAUUAAUCGUGCAGCAAGUGCGAUUAAAAAGACGAGAGCUAAUUUUAUGAUAACACCUAUACAUUGUGCUGCAAUAAACCCAAAUGCAAAAUAUUUGAAACAACUAUUAAAUAUAAUGCCAGAAUAUAAUAUUCUUGAUAAAUAUGAACGACGACCAAUACAUUUUGCUGCCGCAUGCGAAGGACCUGAGCCACUUGAAUUUCUUUUAUCAAAACAAGUUAAUUUUAAUGAUGUCGAUCGUGGUGGUAAUUCUCCAUUGCAUAUUGCUGUUAUCAAUGGUCGUGCUAUAAAUGCUGAAUUAUUAUUACGUACAGCAAAAGAAAAAGCUGCAGCAAAUGAUGCUGAAGAUCAGAUAAUUGAUGAAAAGUUUGGUCUUGCUUCAAUCAAUCGUAUGAAUAAAUCUCGUUUUUAUCCAUUACAUUUAGCUGUUCUUAAUAAUCAUUUAAAUUGUCUAAAAGUUUUACUCGAAUAUGGUGCUGAUGCUGAUGCUUGCACCAGUACAUCAUCGGGAAAAUUAACACCAUUAAUGUUAGCCUGUCAAAAGGGUUACUUAAAUAUAGUCUCAGAUUUAAUUGAUCAUGGAGCUAAAAUCGAAGCUCGUGAUCGUUUUAAACGAACACCACUUAUACAUGCAUGUAUGUGUGGAAAUGCCAAUGUUGUUUCAUAUUUGCUUCGUUUGGGUACCAAUGCCAAUGUGUUUGACUCAUCAUUGAACACAGCUUUACAUUAUGCUGUUGCCUAUGGAUGGUACUUUUGUGUGCGAUUAUUACUUGAAGCAGGAGCAGAUUUAAAUUGUGUUAAUUCAUGGCAAACAACUUGCUUAGCAAUUGGAUUUUUAAAAGGACACUAUGGUCUCUGUGAUUAUCUUCUUACAGAUCACGGUGUAGAUAUUAAUUUUAAAAAUGAAGAUGGCUUAACAUUAGUUAUGUUAACUGUCGGUCUCGAAGUAUCAUCAUCUGCUGUUGAACAACUUGAAUAUGUUGUAACGAAACAUAAUGCUGAUUGUACGAUUGUUGAUGCUAAUGGAAGUAAUGCCUUACAUUAUUUUGCUGCAAAUACAACGGGUCAAAAUACACAAUACAUGGAUGACGACGCUAAAAGAGUUCUUCAUAAUAAUUAUUGCAAAAUGGCUGAAAUUCUUCUUGCUAAUAAAUGUGAUCCAAAUAAAAUGAACAAUAAAGCGCAAACACCAUUAAUGGUUGCUCUUCAAACAAAAAAUUUCAUUUUUGUUGACUAUUUAAUUAAUAAAGCGAAAAUUGACAUUACGUCCGAUAUUAGUAAUGAUGGUAAAACACUUUUACAUUAUUUUGCAAAACAAUGUCACAAACAUGAACUUAUUCAAACAUUAAUGAAAUUACCAAUUAAUGAUGAAAUUAAAAAGAUGGGUCAAAUAUUUGAUAAUGAUGGUCGAACACCAUUUCAUUAUUGUUCUUCGAAAUUUAAUGAAUUUUGUCAACGUUAUAAAUUUUCAAAAGGUACUGAUCAAUUAAAACAAUCGUAUGAAUCCAUUGUAAAAAUGAUUAAAUAUUGUCUUGAAUCAGCUGAAUGUGAUCCUGAUAUUGAAAUAAAAACAGCAGAUGACGUUAAAAAAUCUACCAAAGAUGGCAAUGAUGAAGAUGAUGACGUAGCAGAUGAUGAAAACGACGACGACGACGAAGAAGAAGAAGAAGAAGAAGAAGAAGCAGAAGACGAAACAUCAAGUGAAAAUAAUGAACAAACAGAUGAUAUUACUCCUAUGGAUAAUGAAACAUUGGAUUUAAAACUAAAAGAAACAAGCAUAUUUUUUCUACUACGUACUGUUCCAUUUAUUGAUAGUACUAUCAAACAUCCACUGGAAUUUUUUCUUAAAAAAACAAAAAAUCUUAAUGUGCUUCAUUAUAAAACUCAUCGUACACCAUUAUUAGAAGCAAUUCAUCUUCAACAACAUCGAACAGCACAAAUGUUAAUUAACCAUGCCUCGUGUGAUAUUAAUUUAUCAACAUCAAAUCUUUUAAAUGAAUAUCAUAAAACGCCAUUAAUUUUAGCAUGUAAAUUACAAUUAUUACCUGUAAUACAUAGUUUAUUAGAAUAUGAACAAUGUAACAUUGUAUUAUGUGAUAAUAAUAAUAAUCAAGGCAUCCAUUAUUAUUUACAAACAUCAAAUCGUACAAGAGAAUAUUUAGAUAUAUUAAAUUUAUUUAUUAAAAAGUUAAAAGUCACGUCUAAUAAUAGUCUAAAUAUUCCAGGACAACAUCAACGUACACCUUUACAUAUUGCUGUCUAUCAUAAUUUAGGUACUAUUGAUGCAAUAACUGACGUCGAAAAAGUAUUAAUUGAAAAUGGAAGUGAUUUAUUGCUCAAAGAUAAUUUAGGAAAUAUACCAUUGCAUAAUGUUUUUGUAAAUAAAAAAGUUGGUGAUGAUCCUGUUGAAUUAUGUGUUUUAAUAAUGAAAGCAAUGAGAUACAAGUCCAUGGAUACACUAAAUAAUCACGGCGAUACACCUUUACAUUUGGCUGUGGAAAAAUGCUCUACAGUAUGUGUAAUGCUCUUACAACAAAAUCAUGCUAGUUUAUCAAUUGAAAACAGUUUAUCUAAUUCAAUCAUUGGUACUUGUAUAGCAUCAAAUCAUUUGAAUUUAUUUAUUACAUUUCUUCAACAAACUUUGGAUAUUGAUCUGGGAAAAUUGCAUCAAUUGCCAAUCGAAAAUUCAUCACCGAAAACUACUUUUGAAACACAAAAAAAAGUUACAAAAAAAGAAAAUUCAUCAAAAAUUGAUAAAGGUGAAAUUUGGAAAUGGAAAUUUAGUGAAAUAAAAAAUUCGAAAGAAUUCAAUCAAUAUUCAUUAAUACAUUUAAUUAUUGAACGCGAUUGGCAAGGUGCAUUAUCAUUAAUUCUGAAUGAAACCGAUCGUUUUUAUUUAACUUAUCUGCAAAUAAUUGAAGCAGCUAUAAUAAAUAAUAAACUUAAUCUUGUACAUCGCCUUUUAUUACGUUUAAAAGAUGAAAUUAACAUUAACGAAACGAAUUCUCGCGAACAAAAUAUAUUUCAUUUGAUUGCAAAUAUGAAUGAAUACAAUGAAACUUUAUUGAAACCAAUUCUUUUAUUUAUUUAUGAUUAUGAAUUUAAUUGGAACACAUUGGAUAAACAUGGCUCGUAUCCAAUACAUUAUGCAUGUGUUAAACAAAAUUUUAUUUUUAUUGACUUCAUACGUGAAAAAUAUCCUAAGAUGUUUGAUUUAAAUCAGUUGGAUGCAUUCGGUAAUACAGCUUACAGUUUAUUAUUUUGGUCAUUGCCAGCUAAAGAAUCAUUUUUAAAUGAUAAACUUCGUUUAUUAAUAACAUCUGGGAAACAAUUAGAUCGUUUAUGUAAUUAUGAUAAUGAAUUAAUUGUCGAUCCAUUAUCAUUUGGUUAUAUUAAUUCGUCAAAUGAAGAUAAAUUUUAUCCACCAAAUAAAUCAAUUAAAGUACGAACAUCACCAUUAAUUCAUGCCGUUGUUCACAAUAAUUUUGAAUUAGUUAAGUUUUUACUUGAACUUAAGGCUGAUAUUAAUUUUCCUGAUGAAAAUAAACAAACACCACUCAUGCAUGCUGUUGUUCAGAAUAAUAUUGAAAUAGUGAAAUUACUUUUGAAUAAAAAUUAUUCACCCGAUGAUAAUCCAACAUCGAUAGCUCCAACAUGCAAACGUUUACGAGGGCGUCGUCCGAAAGGCGGGCCACGAAAAUUUUUUCUUGGUGUUACUACAACUAAUUCUAAUGCAAAUGCAACAUUAAAUAAUAAUAAAACGAAAAAAUUUCAAAAAACAUCAUCAAUUAAUUUAAAUGCAAUUGAUAUUGAUGGUCGAACAUGUAUUCAUCAUUUAGUUCAACCAUUUGCUGAUGGCUCAUAUAAAAAUAACAUCGAUAUACUUCGUCUGCUUCAUUCAUGUGGCGCUUCAUUAGCCAUAGCUGAUAGUUCUGGUUUAAAACCACUCGACUAUGCUAUUAGAAUAAAUUGUGAACAUUUACAUACUGAAUUAAAAAAAUUAACUAAUGAAAGAGCAAACUUUAGCAAAGCAACCAAACAAAAAUUCGAUGUAAAUGAUCCAAAUAAAAAAUUUUUGGAUAAAACAGAUUUUUAUAAUGAUGCUCAAAAUUUUAUUGAUCAAUAUAUUACAAAUCAUCCAGCAAAUAAAUCUAAUAUUGAAUACAAAGUCGAUAAAUUAUCUGGUAUGAGUUUAACAGGUGAAGUUUUAAUUGAUGACGAUAAAAAUGAGCCAUAUGAUGUGCGUUUGACAAAAACUGACGUUAGUUAUGGUACACAUGGAUUGUAUAAUUUUUAUCGUAUGCAAAUUAUUAAACAUAAAAGUAAAAAUAAUUUAUACUUUUUAUUUACUCGUUGGGGUCGUAUGGGUAAUGACGAAGGUCAACAUCAACUAACACCAUUCUCAACAUUUGAUGAAUGCCGAAAAGAAUUUGUCAAGGUAUUUCGGGAAAAAACUGGAAAUUUAUGGAAAGAUACCGAUCAAUUUGAAGCAAAACCAAAAAAAUACUCAUUAGUACGAAUGAAUGAACAUGAUAUGAAAAAAUAUUCAAAUGUACCCAUUGAUUUUAAUCGUUUACAAACUGAACAAGCACGAGCUUCAUCUCAACUACAAUCGUCUGCCUAUAAGAAUCUUAUGCAAACAUUAAUUAAUCGUCAAGCUAUUCGCAAUAAGAUUCAUAAAACGAAAUUAGAUAUUGAAUGGAUGCCUGUAUCGCAAUUAAAACGUGAAACAUUAGAGAAAGCACGUGAUUUAUUAAUGAAAAUUAAAGAAACUAUUCAGAAGAAAAACGAAUUUAACGCAGAAAAUCGAAUUAAGAAAACAGCCGACCAAAAAAAUGAAAUAAAAUCAAUUUUAGAUUCGAUCUAUCAAUAUACAAAUGAAUAUUAUACAUUAAUACCAUUCAAUGGAUAUGCUGACGAAAAACUAGCUGUUCUUGAUAAUGAAAAUCUAUUAAAAGAUCAAGAAAAAAUACUAGAUGAUUUAUUUGAACUUGAAUUAUCCUAUAAAAUCUUAUUGGGUGCACAAGCCAAUAUAAAGUCUAUUUCACCCUUAGAUUAUUUAUAUAAAUCAAUGAAUUGUCAAUUUCAAGCUUUAACUAAAGAUGACAUUGAUUCUCAACUCAUCUUACGUUAUGUAUCGACUAGUUCACCUGAUGUCCAAAUAGAACAAAUAUUUAAAGUCGCACGGUUCAAUGAAGAUGAACGAUUGACGAAAUGUAAUAUUAAUAAUCAUUGUUUAUUAUGGCAUGGAACUGGUAUUUGUAAUUUAAUCAGUAUACUUUCUCGAGGACUUCUCGUUGGAUCUUUAGCUGCACGAGCAACUGGAAGUUUAUUUGGAACAGGAAUCUACACAGCUGAUUCAUUUGCAAAAAGUCUUGGUUAUUGUUCCGGCGUUAAACAGAAUGAUGAUGAACGAUGUUUUAUGCUCUUAUGUGAAGUAGCUUUAGGAAACAUUAAAGAAGUUGGUGUAAUUCGGACUGAUGAUGAUGAUGGUGAUGAUGAUGAUAAUGAUGAUAAACCACUCGAUUUAAAACGAUUUCAAAGUCGAAAAGGUGCCGGUCGACGUAUACCUGAUCCAAAACAUACAAUUACAAGAAAUUCAGGUGUACAAAUACCACUUGGCCAAUUAAUUGAUAAUAAAGAUUUUGGUGGAAGCUAUUAUGGCCUCAAUUACAAUGAAUAUAUCGUUUAUGAUGAAGCACAAGUUGCUCUGCGUUAUCUUAUACAGUUUCGUCGUUAG